AACUUCGGUAGUAAGUAUUAUUAUUUAACAUGCAGCUAUUAAAUUGAAUCUACCGGUGUCUUGGAAAAGAAUAUUUCUUGAUGACCUCACCAAAAGCAUUGGUCAGCUACCACACACGGAGAAGAUCAGAGAAGACAACCACGGGAAAGUACAUCUACAGCACGCGCAGGCAUGGCAGGGACUUUCCGAAGAAGAUAUUUCCAAGUCCCUCCCAAAACUACAAUAUAUCUGUAGUAGGCUAGGCUGUAGGGUUAAACCGAAGUCUUCGUUAAUAACGUCUCUGGUUAAACUGUUAAUGGUUAAUAGUUAAAUACAGGGAUUUCUUUGUGGCAUUGACGCCCAUAAAUGGAUCUAACAGUAAACGCACCCACAAGUGGCUUCGUUGUUUCCCCUGAGAAGCAAUUAAGAAGUCACUUGUUCACUCUCAGUCAGUCAUUGCCACCCUGCUUAGUGGAGAAGAUGACAACUUACCUGUUCCAUACACGGACCAUUACAAAUCAUGAAGUUGGAGUUAUUACGUCUCAACCAACAGGGACGCAAAAAGCCUCCCAACUACUUCAGAUCGUCUUACGGAAAGGUCGGCAUGCAUGCUUGCAGUUCUACCAAUGCCUGGCACAUUGUAAUCCGGAUCUGUCUGAGAAACUAACAGACUAUACUGUAUCCACACCAUCAAAAACCACUGAUGAACAGCCAUCCAGGAACUACCUAUCUACAGUGAUGCCCGGAGAUUACACAGAAAAGUCCACUUCUCAAUUUUGCUCCUCUCCAGAGAAGAAGUUUACUCCUUACACACCAGCCUACAUCAUAAACAUUCACAACUCAAACUUGACUCACUGUGUCAUUGGGAACCAGAGUAGCCAAAUAAUUUCCACCGAACAGGAGCAUCUUGUGGCUGAGAGACAAGACUAUAGCUUACAAGAUACUGUGAGAAGCAUUCCGAUGUCUGGUCAGCAGAGAGCAGCAGAGAUCUCUGGAGAACCUCACCAUAUCCAGGUGCAGGACUCGCAUGUGGAGUAUGUCAUCAUUGGCAAUGAGAACUCUAUGGUGGUAAACAGAACACAAAGUGGAGAAGAGGAUGAUAGUGAGGAAUACCUCGAAAGUUCCGAUGGUUGAUUACAAUAUUCCAACCAGAAAAUAUACUGGAUUGUGAUUGGACACUCUUUUGGUUUGAUUUUGCUUUCAACGGAAUACUGCACAGUUUUAUUAUUUCAUACUAUACUGUAUAUAUUAAGAGUUCAAAGAAUUCUAGAUGACUGAUAUAUCCACUAUUGUGGAAAUAAAUUUCUUACCAUAAUCUA